UCACGCGCCUGUUGGCACCACCAAAUUGGUUCAUUCGUGCAAAGCGUCUUUGGAUAGAAUAUUUUCAUACAAUUGAUGUGUGUGAUUCAUUUUCUAGACCUGCUUAUACGACAUUGCAUACGGAUGAUUCCUCAACCUUACUGAAUUCAAUGCAAUUGCAGGGUUCAUUCUGCGGCUAAUCCCACUCACACGUUAAUUAUCACACGCUACCAUGGCUGCCACUAAAUCAAAAACCGAAGAAGCCAAUGGCACAAUAGACUCACCAUCAGUUCAGCCAUCCGCUGUAAAAGUGGAAGAUUUGAAUGAGGAUGAUCUCGUCAAAGAGGAAGAAGAGGCACGUGUCGCUAAUAACCUUGCCGAAGAGCGCCGACGGAAAGCCAUUGCCAACAAGCGAAAGAAGAAGAAGAAGGCCGAGACAAAGGCUGAGCGAGAAGCAAAGGCCCGCGAAUUGGACGAGCUGCUCAUGAAGAGUGCUGCCUUUAGCGAUAUCCUUACGAAGAAGACCCAAGUACUGGGCCGAGUGGGCUCUGGCUUGGAUGGCAAGACUCUUGGUGAACACAACCUACAGAUGGCCAAGCAGCCAAAGUGCUUGGUUGGCGGCACUAUGCGCGACUACCAGCUCGAAGGUCUUACAUGGAUGUAUGAAAUCUGCUCGCAAGGCAUGAGCGGAAUCCUGGCUGAUGAGAUGGGUCUGGGAAAAACAGUUCAGACAAUCUCGCUGCUAGCGCUCCUCCGCGAACAGGAAAACUAUCUUGGCCCGCAUCUUAUUGUUGCUCCUCUUAGCACAUUAUCGAACUGGCUGGACGAAUUCAACCAUUGGACGCCCUCGAUUCCCGUCAUCAUGUACCACGGCAACGCGGUUCAGAGAGAAGAGAUAUUCAACAAGCACCUGAUGAAGAAUCUGAAAGGAGGGCGCCCAACUGACAAGUUCCCUGUUGUCUGCACAUCUUAUGAAAUGGUACUUCGUGACCAACACCACUUGUCCCGAAUUAACUGGGAGUUCAUCAUCAUCGACGAAGGCCAUCGCAUGAAGAAUGCCGAGGCCAAGCUCUUCCAACAGCUCCGCCAAUUCACCUCCGCAACGCGAUUGCUCAUAACGGGAACACCGCUUCAGAACAACUUGAAAGAGCUUUGGUCUUUGCUACACUUUUUAUUGCCAGACAUCUUUACAGAUUGGGAGAGCUUUGAGUCGUGGUUUGACUUUUCAGACCUCGAGGACGAGCAAGGUACCGAAGAGUUCAUUGCUGAUAAGAUGAAGCAAGAAUUGGUCAAAAAGAUGCAUCUCAUUUUGCAGCCACUACUCUUGCGGAGAAUUAAACAAGAUGUGGCUGCAUAUCUCCCCAAAAAGCGAGAAUACGUUCUGUUUGCGCCGAUGACCAAGGAACAGACCGACUUAUACAACGUCUUGAGCGACAAAGACACAGAUACCCGCGCUUACUUGGAAGACAAAGCAGCCGAGCAGAUUCAAAGCGCUAUCCUAUCCAGGGCGUCCAGCACCAGAUCUACAAAGCGAGGAGCAGCCAAGAAGGCAAAGGACACCAAAACAAUCACUCUACCUGUCAGAGAAAGCCCCCGUAGUAGCCGCACCUCAAACGUGUCUGCAGCACCUACACUAAAUGCAUUCGCCAUGAUGAUGGGUAAACGAGCACCUCGAACGCCACUCAAAGAAACCGAUCCCAUAAACACGCCGCGCAACUCGAGCGCGAAGCGAAAGAGUCCACCGCAGCUGAUUGAGCCAGAAGCCAAGAGCUCGCGAUCCAGCAGACAGUCCACGCCAGCAUCUACACGCGGCCGCCGUCGCAAGAGCCGCACUUAUGCAGAAGCAGACUCUGGUGAAGAAGACGAGCUUUCCGACGACGCAUUUGAAUCUAAGCUCGCCCAAGAACUAGAAGACUCUGCCGACACCGACACCGAACCUUCUGUCCCGCUCUCUGCUGAAGAGCUUGAGCGUACAGAAACCCUCGAACUUGCUAAGAAACAAAUUGCCGCCAAAAAGCUAGGCAAUCCCGUCGCCCAGCAGCGCCUCGUCUGCAACUCACCACACAACUUCUACAGCCCAUGGGCCUCGUCAACCGACAUCCCCGUCGACGAAACAAUCGUCACUGCAUCAGGCAAGAUGCUCAUGCUCGACCGUCUACUUCCUCGCCUCUUCGCGGACGGCCACAAAGUCCUCAUCUUCUCCCAGUUCAAGAUGCAGCUCGACAUUCUCGAGGACUACUGCCGCGAGCUUCGUGGCUGGGACGUAUGCCGUAUCGACGGCGGCGUGUCGCAGCAAAGCCGCCGCGACCAGAUCCGCGACUUCAACAACGAUCCCAACUACAAGAUCUUCCUGCUGUCCACGCGCGCCGGCGGCCAGGGCAUCAAUCUCGCAUCCGCCGAUACUGUGAUCCUAUUCGACUCGGACUUUAACCCGCAGCAAGAUCUGCAGGCCCAGGACCGCUGCCACCGCAUCGGCCAGACUAGGCCUGUUAUCGUCUACCGUCUAGCAACGCGCGGGACCGUGGAAGAGACACUGCUCAUGUCGGCCGAUGCGAAGCGUCGUCUCGAGAAGCUCGUCAUUCGAAAAGGCGGGUUCAAGUCUAUGGGGCAGAAGAUGGAGGGCGGUGUCCAGGAUGACCUAGACAAGGAAGCUCUGCGCAAUCUGCUGCUCAAGGAUGGCCAGGUCUACGAAACAUCCGGUAGUGAUAGUAUUCUCAGUGAAGAUGACCUUGCUACGAUAUGUGAUCGUUCAGAUGCUGCGUACGAAAAGGCUGCGAGCGGCGAGGCAGCCGGUACCGAGGGCUACUGUGUCGUGGAAACUGGCGCUGACUCUAUCAAGGUCAACUGGCAGAAUUAAGCUAUACAUGGAAACGUAACGCUUUCAAAACUGAAUUACAGGAUAGAAAAGAAUUAAUGAAAUACGAUUUUUAUAUGAAAAUAUGUAAAAGAGAACGCUGUGUAAGGAUGAAAGAGUGUACAAAUACAUAUAAAAGGCUGGUGCCAAAGCAUUGCAUGUAAGCCGGCCCUCGCUAAACAAAAAAGAAAAAAAGGAAAUAACGCCGUCUAUGGUAUGUCGUGUUCUCAAUUAAGUUCCGUUACAAACCCAAUCUGCCUGCGAGCAUCGGCAUUGGAUGUGCCUGUACCAGCAGCGAUUCGGCCAGCAAGCCGCUCCUGGCUCUCCACCAGUUUUCGUUGUGAGUCUAGACGCUUGCCCAGUCUCUGUUCGGCAACACUGUCGAUGCGAUCGACUGCCUCACGCUCGCUAAUGCGGAUGGCACUCAUCUGGCGGGUGUUGUCGAUGCGCUCCUUGUUCAUCAGCCCUUCCCACUCCAGCGCCUUGCGCUGCUUGAUCUCCUGCGCUUGCUGCUCGGCAGUAGCGAGUGCCCGUGAUCGGUUCAUAUGCGCCUCGGUCAACAUGUGCUGCUCAGCCAUGCGACGCUGCAUUGUGGCCGCCGCGAUAUCCUCUUCAAGGUUUGCCUUUGUCUUCAUCGCCUGCAGCUCCUCGCUUUGUUGUCGGCGGCGCCGGGUUUCUUCAAGUUGUGCUCGCUGAUCCGAUAUUUGUUGCUCAACGCUGGCGGCUUCGCGGCGGCGGGCGAGUAAUGUCGCGUGCUCUUGGGAUUCUUCUGCAAGGCGUGCUAGGCGGGCCAGACGAGCUCGCUCCAGCACAGCAAUAUCUUCGGGGAGUCCAGCGGCAUCCUCUGGUUGAGCACCGUUGUUGGCAUAGAAGACGUCUGUAGCGCGGUUCGCUCGCAGAAUGCCUAUCAGAUCCUCAAUGGUGUCUGACGGCUUUACAAGCUUCUUCAAAUACAUCGUUGGUGAGUAUGUAUGGGAUUCGUCAGUAUAAUAGUUGAAGGACUUGUCGAUGUGCUUCCAAAAGCCACUCUUCAAAAGGGCUCUCGUUGCCACAAUUGGAUUCGUAGCGUCGAAGCAGAGGAGCAGCGCCGACUUGCCGUUGUACUUGAUGGCGGGAUCCGAGUUGGAUUCCAGCAAGAAUGACAUAAUCUUUUGCAUUUGACGUUCAAGCUCAGCGGGCGCAAGGUCAUUGUUAGUUCCAUGCAGACAGACUUCGCUGAGAGCACUUCUGCCAUUAUGAAUGGCGCUAGGGAAGUCUGGGUGAUGGCCGGCCUUGAUUAGGACUUUAACAGCCGCCAUGUUGAGUUGCUGGGCUGAAUUAUGAAGGGAGCCGUCAUCAGAAGAAGGGUCAGCUGCCAAAAUGCUUGACAUCAUUUUGACGGCAACAUCGCCGCCCAUCAGCGUCGUCAUGGCGAGCGGUGUACGGCCUUGUUGGUCCACAACAUCAACGUCCGCCCCUUCUAGAAGGAGUGUAUUGACAACGUCCGGUCUUCGGCACUGAAUUGCCAACAUCAGUGGUGUUGUGGAUGUAAUUGACGAAGGUGUAUUGACAUUCGCACCGCGCUCAGUGAGCGUUUCGAUAACAGCGGUACUGACUUUCUUCUGAGGCUGUGCAAUCGCCCACACAAGUAGCGUCACAACCUCUUCCUCGUCAGCAUCCUCAUGCAAUUUGCAUUUGACGCGUUGAUCGUGGUAAUAUCCAGCAUCCAGCAGUGUUGAAACAACAGUUGUGGAGCGUGGGUACUGGGACAUGGCGCGUACCAAAAUGGGCUGCUCCCCUUGCUGCUUUGUCAUAACGUCAAUCUCGGAGCCAUCUUGUCGAUAGUCGGCAAAGAGCUUGAAGAGCUGUAAGACAUCUUCUUCAGAUAACGCAGUAUCAAAGAUACACUGAAAUGCAAGAGAGAGUGUCUCUGAGUUUGGUUUGCAAGUCAGCAACGCCUUUGCCCAGCCGACAUUCGCUUUUGAAGCUGCAACCUGGAGAGGCUCCCCGUGGUUAAAAUUGACAUCUGGACCAUACGAAACCAAGAGUGACACGAAGCGGUCAGACAAGUUGUUGGUGGCCUCUGUAGAGUUUUUCAAAACAAGCACCAGCGAUGAGCUCAACGCUUCACCUUUUGUGCCCUUGGCACCUUUGUCUAGCAGCAGCUUGGCAGUCCGCAGUCCGUCGUCAGUAAACCACUUCUUGUAACGUUCUGCAGUAAAAGAGCUAGAGUAGGCUCGGUUGAUAUCAACCUUGGGCAUCUCGCGCGUAAAUAAUAGCGGCAAGCACUUAGCAGCAACAUUGUUAGAUGCGUCAAUAAGACUUUGGCAGUCGUUGGCAGUGGGUGAGGCACCAUGAUCAAUCAACAAUUUGACCAGUCGUUCUUCCGGAUCUUCUUCUUUGACAACGUGGUUUAAUACUUUGUGCACGGUCUCAUCGGCUGGGAGGCCAGCCGUUAUGAGACUUUGCACAAUACGAAAUCGGAUACUUCGGUUCAACUGCAGAGAGGCAUUUAGAGCGCUACUCAGAACUGGGUUCGACACCGGAAUCUGUUGGAGGUUAGUACUGUAGUUGGUAGUUAUCCGCAAGGAGCUUACCUGAUUCAAGUUGUCGCUCCAAAUACCUAGCAGGAGCUCAAGACAAAUGACAUUGGCGCUCCGCGUGGCAGCUAGCACGGCCUCUCCGUCACUGUAGUUUGGAUCGGCACCAGAAGCAAGUAGAACUUUCAAAAGCGCCUGUCCAGAUUCGCCAUAACGGGCAGCUGAUUCGAGCUGUGAAUCAACUAUUUGGCCGGAUACGCCCUUUGACAGUAACAGCUCAAAAAUGACAGCCCGUUUGCUAAGAUCCCUAACUUCUGUUGCCGCUUGGAAUGCCUUUUCCAGAGUCAGCUUCGUCGGUUCGGCUCCAGAUUUGAGUAGAACAUCCAGAACUUCGACCGAUCCACCACGACUUCCUUCAAUGAUAGCCUGGCCACUAUUUCCAGAUAUCGAGGCGCCGUGAGCCAUGAGAAGCUUUCCCAAUGCAAGAUCUCCAUCUCUGGCCGCGACUAAUAGUGCGCCAGAAGCAAUAUCUGUGGAGACUCCGACUUCAAGUAGCAGCUCGCAUAUAAUUGUGCGUAUUGAUCGGUUCUUGAUUUCUAUCGCUUGGCCCAUCGCCACAUGACGAACAUCUUGGGUGUGUUUGAAGCUGUGCAGAAUCACAUCUACUAGCUCCGGUAGCUGCUUCGUAACAGCCAUGGGCAAUGCUUCUCCAUCGGACAUAUCUGCGCUCUUCGCUAAUAUGGCCAAAAGCAUCGUCGACUUGGGGUAAGCGCCAAUGCCGUAUGUCAAGGCUCUAUUGACUUCGAGGGCGUCGGCUCCGGACUCCACCAAACGCGUGGUAAGGUUGAGACGAGCGUCAGCAUUUGUAACACGAAGCGCAUGUGGGAGAGCAAACCCUAAGGAUACUACAGUAGGUGGGUAGCGGCAUUUGAAAAUCAAAUCCAAGAUUGCAUCGUUGGUGCCGAUGACAGCGUGGCAUAGAGUAGCAGCUUUGUAGGAAUUCGGGUCAGCGCCUGCCUCAAGGAGGUGUUCAAACGUAGCCAUGCUGGGUGAUUUGUCUCGAUGCUGGAUGAGUGAUUGCGCCUCGUGAAGCAAAAUGCGAUUCAAGUCGUCAAUUCGGGACGACUUGGCAAGCAAGGCGCUGAUUUUCCGUUUCUUCGUUUCGUUCGAGAACAUACCAGCUAGGUCUUGCAGAGCGCGGCUAAUAGUAAUUUCGUUAGGCUUGCCAUACGUCAAAACUGUUUCAAGAACCUGCGGGUCGUUGUUUUCCAUUGCCUUCUUAACAAUAGCACCGUCCAUGUUAUUGAUGUCGGCAUUGCCCUUGUCGAGCAACAGCUGCAAGAUUGCAAGAUCGACCGGCUUCUCCAAAAUCGUAUCUAUAAUAGCGCCAUUGAUUUCUUUGAUGCCGAUAGCAGCUCCCAUUCGGAGCAACAUAGUCAAGAUUUCAAAACGAGCUUUAUGGUCUGGUACUUUGACGGCAUGUUGAAUGUGGAUAGCUGCGGUUUGUGGUGAGACUUUUGCGAUGAUGCCAUUUAGAAACUUGAGAUCCAUCUGUUUUAUAAUGGGGACCAAGGCUUCGCCAGAAUUAUAGUUGAUAUCGGCACCAUGGUCCAACAGCAGCUUGAUCAGAUCAUCGUCUCGUUGGGACGCAGGUGAAUCUAGAGAAUCCUGCAAAGCAACGUGUAGACAUUCGCCGGACAAAGAUCCUCGAAGAAAGAGUUCAAUCAUUUGCGAGCGAUCAGACUGGUAGAGAUUUCGGGUGAGAGGGAAAACGGCGGUAAGGGUGUCUGAAGUCGGUCGGGCGGCAAGAAUCUUCUCCGCGAGGAGAAUAUCUGCCCUCAAUACGGCUGUACGCAGUGCUUCUCCGGAGCGAUAAUUUGGCGAGGCCACCUGGUGGCGGAGGGAUUGCCUGUUGAUGGCUUGCUGCCCGGGAGGGAGGGCAAAAUAGGGUUGUAGCAGCAGAUCAACCGCUGUGAGAUCACCUGUUUCUGCUGCAUCAAUCAAGCAUUGGUCCAACGGACGCCCACUAGCGCCUUUCUUCAAAAGCAGGGUAAGUAAUUCGUUGCGGACUUCAAAGGUAACUUGCUUGGGGACUAAGCUCGUGCACUCCGAUGCCAAUGUCGAGUUAAGGGAGGAUGAUUCGUUGAAGAUUGCCAUGACAUAAUCCAUGCGGUUGGAUGAGAUGGCUUGCUUUAGAGCAGCACCAUUGUUAUACUCAAUAGACGCACCAUGGGUAGCUAGGAGUCGUGCCAUGUCGAUGAAGUCGUUACUGCAAGACUGUUCCAAAACGUGAGCAACGAUGCUACCAUUGGCUCCAGCACAAAGCAAGAUUUCUGAUAUUUCCAGCUUUGAGCUCUUGUCCAGUGUCGGGUGUUCGGCAAGCAUUAGAAAUGCAUCAUUGAUACUAGAUGGCUGAGGUGGGCGUAAGCCCAUGACGAUUGCUAGCACAAUAUCACGUCUACCAAUUGCAACAGCACAUCGCAGCGCUUCGGCUUGGUUGUAGUCUCCAUCUGCAGUUGCCUUGCUUAGUUGUACAACGUUUUCAACAGAGCCAGCCCGGGCCGCAUCGACCAUGGCUUCUGAUACUAGCUGAGUCGGCGGGCGUCCGUCCGACCUUAAAAUUAGACCAACAAUAGGCGCCAAGGCAUCGUGGACGCAGGCUUGGCGAAAUACGUCGGUUCCUUCGCCAUGCUCACCAACGCUAGCACCGUAUCUAAGAAGUUGUUCGACGAGGCGCGGGUUUCCGAGCCGGAUGGCAAGUGGCAGGCAAGUGUCCAAGGCGACUGGAUCGGCUAAUGGCAGAAGCAGCUCCGUCAUUUCAAGCUGGUUGCCGUCGACUGCCAUUCGGAGUAGUGCAGUGCGGUCAACAAAGGAAUCGACGCUCUUCUUUCGGUUCAAGAGUCCCGACUUUUGCUUCGCUGCCACUUGGAGCUCUACACCUGAGGCGGCGAGCUUGUUGAGCAGUGCUUCGGCGACACCUGCAGAGCCACCUGUUGCAAUCACACCAGCAAGAGUAUCUACAAUAUCUCUGGGCUCCCAGUGCUUUCCCCGCUUGAGACCACUGGAUGAAAAUGCCCUGGAGAGUGGGCUCUUUGGUUUGGCUUGAGCCAUGUCGAGGACACGGUAUUGGAUCAGCAUGUCGGCCGAGUUGUCGUCGUCGGGAGUUUGAAAAGAUGGCGGGUUUUCUGGACGAGUCAGCGGUCCAAGCAGCGGAGGAAGUGCAAUGUCCCAUUCCUGCGCCAGCUGCAGAAUCCUGAGCUGGCGAUCGUGGGACGUCAUCAGCGACAUUGUGAAGUCGGCCUUGGCUGGCUCAUCGGAAGGCUAUGGAGUCACGAGAGCAGAGCAGAGGUCGGGGAAACGACAUGCAAGCAGAGAGUCUGAGGCUGGCGGUGAUGUCGGACGCAGUAGCAGGUAAUUAUGCGGAUUUGUAACGAAGAGCGGAAAGCAACACAGCAGAAGAGAACGGAGGGGCGGCCGCAAGCUGGGAAACGGGGUGGCGUGGGGAUGGUCGGAGGUGAGACAGGGUGAAGAAGCGCCACUAGAAGAAAGCUGAACAAACGGCCAAGAUGCGACCUCAGCUGCCAUGCAAGUUAUAUUUGACGGUUGGAAAAAAAUAAGACUGUGAUGAGCACCUGUGGAGGAGUAAUAUAAAUGCAAACGAAGAGUUUCAAACACCCCCAAAACAAAUGCAAAUAGGGGUCUCCGAGAAAAGCGUCGAGUGGCGUCACAAUCAAAGCAACAAAGAUGCAAAGAAUGAGUUGUCAAAGGACAGACGUUGACCUGUGCUGGUUAGCGUGAACCAGGCUAUUCAAU